GGCUGAACACUUGACCCCGCUCAUUUCUACUGCACCUCCGGCUGAGGACGUUAGGAGGAGGGGUUCCCUCACAGAGCCCCGAGUAACCCCACAGUCUCUGAGCAAGUGACUGUGGAGCCAGGAGAUGGAUCCAAACUCCAGCGUGCUUUCUUCUCCAUCCCGGGCCUGCUCCCGCCCAGCAGAAUCCUGUGUGGGAGGUGGGAGAAGCCCACCCCCUCGUGAGCAGGGCAGAGACUCAUCCUUUCCCUGGAGCCAGGUCCCCAGCUCCAGCCUCACUGACCCUGAUUGGUUUUGGGAUGAACACAUCCAGGCAAAGAGGGCCAGAGUAGAGACCAUCAUCCGAGGCAUGUGCCUCUCCCCUAAUCCUCUGGUGCCAGGCAACACCCGAGCCAGGGACAGUCCCUGCUGCCCAGAGAAGACCCGGGAACGGAAGAGGAAGCAGAGCCUUCCCAUGCAGCAAAACCCCCUGAAGCCAGGCCCUGCUGGGAACCACGGCAGCAGGAAGGGGGCCCCUCACAUGAAAGAACAGCUUCAGCUGCUGAAGCAACAACUAAGACAUCUGCAAGAGCACAUCCUUCAGGCUGCCGAGCCCAGGGACACAGCUCAGGGUCCAGGAAGCCCUGAGAAGGGAUGGGGUCCUCACAAUGUAAAGCAGAGGAAUGGCUAUGGGUCCAGGCCCUGGGCUGUGGAUAGUGACCACCACCAGAGGUCCGGUGGAGACCUCUCUGGGGUGGAAAAAUACCCCAGAGAGGUGUCUGAGGUCGAAUACCAGCCUGAAGAGCCCAUGUUCCUUCCUUCUGGAACACGAGCUUUGCUGGAGAUUCUGAGGAAAGAAUUGAUUGGGGCAGUGUCCCAGGCUGUGGACUCAAUAUUACAAAAGGUACUAUUGGAUCCACAAGGCCACCUGACUCAGCGGGGCAGAAGUUUCCAGGGGCUGGUGCCAGAGGGUAGAAUUGAGACUUCACCUGAGGGAAGUGCCUAUAAAGAUCCACUUCCUCUGGCCGCCUUGCCCAGGAGGGCCCAGGCCCAGGCUGGGGUCUUACUGGGAAACUUAUCACUGGCCAAGCCUCCAGAUUCUCCUAGGUACCCUACCUCUCCGAGGAUGAUCCCCAAAUCCUAUCAAGGUCCCCCAGAAAACUGUCCCUUGGCUGUGCCUUCCCAUGUCCAGGAAAAUCAGAUUCUUGGCCAGCUGCUGGAUCAGGGACCUUGUGGUCUCUGGAGCGGCAAUCUUCCCCAGGACUCACCUUCUCAAAGUCACUCCUCUGCAGAGUCUGCCCUGCGACCUUGGGGAGCUGUCAAACCGCGAUCAUCGGUUUUGAGCCAGCAGCAGCAUCCCUUGCCCUUCACUUCCACCUGUUUGGAAAGACUGUCCCUUCUUCCCUCAGUGAAGAUGGAGCACCGCGGCCUGCAGGCCGCCGCUGAUGUACUUCCUUUUUCUUCAGUUCACAUCCAGGAGGGUCUAAAUCCUGGUCACCUGAAGAAGGCCAAACUCAUGUUUUUCUUCACACGCUACCCCAGCUCCAGCCUUCUGAAGGCUUAUUUCCCUGAUGUACAGUUCAACCGCUGCAUUACCUCCCAGAUGAUCAAGUGGUUCAGCAACUUCCGUGAGUUCUAUUACAUCCAGAUGGAGAAAUUUGCCCGGCAAGCGAUUUCAGAUGGUGUCACAAAUCCCAAAAUGCUGGUGGUUCUCCGUGACUCAGAACUUUUUCGAGCUCUCAAUAUGCACUAUAACAAGGGAAAUGACUUUGAGGUCCCAGAUUGCUUCUUGGAAAUUGCCAGCUUGACGUUACAGGAGUUCUUCAGGGCUGUCUCCAUGGGGAAAGACUCAGAUCCUUCCUGGAAGAAACCCAUUUAUAAAAUUAUUUCCAAACUGGACAGCGACAUCCCAGAGAUAUUUAAAUCUUCCAGCUAUCCCCAGGAGCUGUUUCGGAAUUAAAAUCCCUCAAAGUGAGGAGCUACUGGCUAGGAUUUCCUGGGUUUGUCUUAAAUGGCAGUCAGUAGAGCUAUGGUCAUAUAAAAAGAGCAUAAGGACAACCGCCCGCCCCGCCCCCGCCAAUAGGUACUACUAC